AGUACAUAUACUUAUAUGGACCUUAACAGGGUCGAGAUGCGGUUCCUGGUGUCAGCUGUCCUGCUGUGGCUGAGCGCAGCCGCCGCAGCGGAGGAGGAAACGGUCUCGGUGCAGCUCCUGCAGGGCGUCAUCGAAGGCAGCAGGUCCGAGGCCAAGGGAGGGAAGUCCUUCUACAGCUUCCAGGGCAUUCCCUACGCCGAGCCUCCCGUCGGGAGUCUGAGGUUCAAGGACCCUUUGCCUGCCGGGGCGUGGGAGGGCGUGAGGAACGGCUCCGUCGCCCCGCCCGCGUGUCCGCAGCCGUUCUACCCGUUGAAGACCAGCGAAGACUGCCUGUUUCUCAAUGUGUUUACACCUCGGGCCUACAAGUCGGACCUCCCCGUCAUGGUGUGGUUUUUACCCGGAGCUUUUGUGGUGGGUAGCAUGGAGAUUUACCGACCAGAGUACUUGGUUGCUAAGGACGUGGUAUAUGUCACCGUUCAGAGCCGUCUCGGAAUCCUGGGAUACCUUUCGACUGGGGACUCUGAGCUCCCGGGCAAUCUAGGGCUGAAGGACCAGACAUUGGCCCUCAAGUGGGUUCAGGACAACAUUCAUGCCCUUGGCGGUGACCCAGACAAGGUCACCAUCUUUGGACAGAACGCGGGAGGCGCGUCGGUGCACUACCACAUUUUGUCUCCAAUGUCGAAAGGUUUGUUCAAGCGAGCCAUCAUGCAGUCAGGAACAGCUCUGUGCUCUUGGUCAGUUCGGGAGGACCAUAGGUACAUGGCAGGUCAGAUCGGUAGCAUCUUGGACUGUCCUGGAGCGACAGAGAAUCCGAAUUCUUCAGACCUUGUUGACUGCCUGAAGAAGGUCCCUGCUGAUCAGCUGACCGCUGCGCUUCUCAAAAUGCCAACCCCCUACGUGAUGGGCCCCCGCGUGGACGGAGAGUUCCUCCCGGACCAUCCCGCCACGCUGGUCAGGGAAGGCCGCUACAACCGUGUCGACAUCAUCGCCGGCAAGACACGAGACGAAGGCGCGCUCAAUGUCCGAACGUUCUUGAAAGAUGGCGUAGUGGACGCUAUGAUAAAGAGCUUCGGCACAAUAGGCCCCUAUAUGAUGGGAUUAAAUGUUUGGGACGACAACAUUGACUUCAUUGGCCGCCUCAUCUUCCACCGUUACAUGGGUCCCAUUGAGUUUGACAUGAGCAAGGUCCACACCCUGGUCAAGCUCAUUGGUGACUGUUACUUCAAUAUGUGCACCAUGGAUGCUAUAGAAAACCAUGCAAGAGAUACUGCCUUUGGCAACCGAGUCUACGCCUACGAGUUGCAGCAUCGUGGACAACAUACCUUCACUGACCUUUACAUGGGACCUACACCUGAUUGGAUAUUGAAUGAUGUAAGCCACAUGGACGAUUUGCAGUACCUGUUCGACUUUAAAUAUCUCAACAUCAGUCUGAGUAAGGAAGAGGAUUUCUUCGUAUCUCGGAUCAUGGUAGACCUCUGGACCAACUUUGCCGCCACUGGCGACCCAACGCCGGACAUGUCAAUGGGUUUCAAAUGGACACCGACAGAGGUCUCGAAGACUUCUUAUCUCGGAAUCACCUCUUCCCCAACUAUGAAGGUGGUCGACGAUCGCCAGGACUUAGAAUUCUGGAGGAAUUUACCGAAGAAGAUGAACAAGUUGCUGUACCCAGAGCGUUUUCACAAUUAAAACUAGGAAGCAGUAGCUGUUACCAUACCACGAAGCUACCAUAUCAGUUAUGAUUGGUGUUUUGUUACUGUUAUAACUGCAGUGUGGGGUAUUAGGUGGUAUUCUUGGUAUACCAAUGAAUAUGGACGCGGCCUUCCUCAAGACUUCAUUGGAAUUGACUUUUGUAGCUCUUAAAUGUAUCACAAUACUUGUACUGUUUAAGUUCUUUUGGGAAUAGCAUGAUCAGAAGUAUUAUAUAUUCAGUUUAAAUUGUCUGUCAAGAAAUAAACUGUCAUUGAAACAAA